GCGGACACCUGGUGAACGCCUGGUAGCGGACAUAUGGUGAACGCCUGGUAGCGGACAUAUUUAAGAACACACUAUUCAGAACAAGGUCAGCUAGCAGAACAAUAUACUAAGCUCAGCAUGGGAGUCGUAAGUAGCAGACACCAGAUGAGUCCAUGGCAGCGAUGGCACCAGGCUGUACGGGAAGCUGGUGUAGCUGUAAUGUUACACGUCACAGCCUCUCUCUAUGUAGGUGGCCACCUGCGACCAGACAUCUUCUUCAAGAGCAUACAGGAACUUGGACUGGAAAAAUACAAUGCUGUAUUUAAUAAGAUACAGCAGAAGACCAUAGCGAAGUCGGGACCAGCAGGGAACUAUGACAUCGCUGAAGCGGCAUUGAAUGAAGACUUUGACAUUACUUUGCACUUCCGUCUGCAGCAGCAUGUGUGUGGCUUGGCCCCACUAAAUUCGCAUCCAUGGUACAAUAAGAGAGAACUGGAAAAUAAACUCUAUCGCUUAAAUAAACUUCGGAAUGAGGUGAGUCAUCGUACUGUGGAAAUUACAGAGGAUCAACUGGAUGAAAAAUUGCGUGGCUUGCAAGAAUUGCUCUUUUCCAUUCUAGAUCAUGUUGACUUUCUCAUAGACGAUAAUUGUCUCAGUGUUAGGGCUCGGGUCAUUGAAAUUAUUCAGGGUUUGAGUGAAGAAUCAUCAAUGGAUGAGUGUUGUGUUUAAGACCCCAGCCAGCCUUGUAUAUUACCCUCACCAGGUGAAGAAUAUUGUGCUUAACACUCUGCCAACCUCAUACAUUUCCUUCAACAUUAAUUUACUAUAUUAAUAUAAAACUUUUUAUCAGAAUGCAUUUUUAUAAUUUACUUACUGUUGCUCAAGAUAUGUUUCCUCUAAUGGUUAAAAAAAUUCCUCAUCGCUUUGUAAUUAGUGUCAUGUUUCAGUAAUUAUUUUUAAUUGGUUACUUAGUAUAGUAAUACUAAUUGA